AUAUUAUCUGAUUCACAUUAUGACAUCACAGAGACCGAUUGUCUUCGGAUCCAUCUGAAUAUGACAUCAAACGAAGAUCAUCCAAGCGCGUCUUAACGAAAGAUACCCUUCAAUCCAGCAGUCCUUAUAUGGAGUGGUACAAACGCCAUUAUUUGAAACCAUCGUGUUGCCAUCUUUUCAUUAAGCACGUUCUAUGUGCCAUAAACAUCAUAUUUCUUAUCGUUGGCUUAUGUUUGGUUGGCUUGGGGUUAUGGGGGUUCAUUAGCCUUUUGACCUCAAGUAACCCCAAGACAUGGAAGUUGUUCAUAUUUGACCCAAUGUUCAUUGUUCUUAUUGUUGGCGUCAUAAUGACGUUUGUGACGAGUUUGGCAAUCGUGGGGAUCAUGAAGGACAGUGUUUGGGUCAUAAAGUGUUACAUCACAAUGCUGAUUAUCUUGUGCAUUCUUUUUAUUGCUGGUGGGAUCGCCUUCUGGAUAUUGAGGCCACAAGUUUCACAAUUCACGACAACUUCGUUAUCUUCAAUAUUUAACAAUGAGUAUCAUUAUGACAUCACAGGUCGACCUGGAUGUAUGGAAUCUAUGACAUCAUGGAUAAAGAACAAUACCCCGCUGUUGGUUGGUGUAUGGGCGGGUCUCAUUGUCGGUUUCUUUAUCUUUCAGUUUGUUGCCGUUCAUUUUCAUAUUCGCGAAAUAACUUUCCACCGAGCGCUGCGCGAGAAGAUUGCUUCGUAUGAGGCCGGUGAUGGUGACAUCACAGAUACCUCAUUGUCAUCGAGCGAAUCAGAAGACGAGGACGAUG